AUGUUUGCUGGUGCAAGAACUUCCGUUUUGCGCGCUGCAUCGAGGCCUCUUGCCAAGGCUGCAGUUACUGCUGCAUCCAGAACUCUUUUUACCAGAGUCCCUAUUUGUAUUGCUAGAUAUCCAGUCUACCGUUCUGCAUUUGCCAAACCAUCGCUUGUUGAGAGACACUACAGCGUUUUGUCGCUGUCGGAGGCGAAAUUGUACAAAUAUGAAGAUGUCAAGGAGCUUGUGACCAACCCUGAAGCGCAUCCAGACACCGUCUUGAUUGAUGUGAGAGAACCAGUUGAGUUUGCCGAAGGCCAUAUCCCUGGAGCACACAAUGUUCCAUUCAAGUCUUCGCCAGGAGCUCUUGAUUUGUCUGAGGAAGAGUUUGAAGAAAUUUUUGGCUUCCCAAAGCCAGCCAAGGACAAGGAAUUGGUGUUCUACUGUUUGGGAGGUGUUAGAUCUGCUGCUGCUGAAGAAUUGGCAAACACUUUCGGCUACACGAAGCGGGGCAACUACGUUGGUUCGUGGGAAGAUUGGGUGGCGAGAGAAAAUACUCAAGCACAACCUUCUCAGUAA